AUGUCCUCCAGUCAGGAGAGCAUUGACACACGCUCUCGAGGCUCCGGCAGCACUCCCUCCUCCACUUCAGCCAUGACCCCUUAUAUCCAGUGCCGAGAGAGUUUAACGAGCCCAGACAGCAGUGAAACAGAUAUGAGUCUGCCAUGUGUGGAUCUUCCAGCCAAACCAGUGAAAGCACCUCCACCUCUUGCCCUUAAACCUCCCAGCCACCUGAAUUCAACACGGCACACCUCUAAACCCCAUCCUGCUCCUGCAACAGCUGUUGGCUCCAGUGUCACUCUCAGUGUUGUACAGAGUGUUGCAUUUGCAGCUCCUCAGUCUCCAGUGCCAUACUCCCCCUCCGCAGAGAACAGUGUGAUUUCAGGAAGGCCCCAGGCUCUGGUGGAAGGUGGUCAAGGGUCAACACUGAAGCAUCAGAAGCUGGAGAAGUCCAGCUCAUCCCUGGAGGAAGCACUGAAGGCUGUGGAGAGAAAACUAACUCUUGAGAACAACAACAUGGGCACUUCUCACAUAGUGAAGUCUGCAGGGAACAUUCUGGAUGACAUUGGGAACAUGUUUGAUGACCUGGCUGAUCAGUUGGAUGCUAUGCUGGAUUAAAAAUUCUCCUCAAUGAAGCUGUUUGGGUUUUUUUGUGAUGGUCCAGAAACAGGACGGUAGAGAUCUACAUAUAGAAGCAUGGUUUCCUCUGCCUUAUAUUUCAGAUGGAGAGCAGAGAAGAACUCUGUGACCCCCAAGAAAGUGUGACCCCAAUGGACUUUUUAUGAUGGACCCAGAUAGAAGAAAUGCACUUAGGAGAAUCAUUCCUAAAGCAAUAUACAUUUCAAAACAUUACACUGAUCAAAACAUUUCUAGAAAGAUUAAAGGAACAGUUCACCACAAAAUGACAAUUCUGUCAUUAUUUACUUGCCCUAGAUCUGAUCCAAACCUGUAUUGUGUAUUUUUCUUCUGUGUAACAGUAAUAUUUUGAAUACAUUUCAUGCAGCCUUUCCAUACAGCAAUGUGCUGUCAAGACAAAAUUACAGAAUUUUAUUUAUUUAUUUUAUUUUUUUAGUGAAAUGUUCCUUUAAUAUAACUAUACUUUUCUAAAAAGUAGUAUCUGCACAUGUGACUUUUAUCCAUUUCAGCAAGUAAAGCAGGUAUCCAUUUCCUAGCCUUUGGAAGGUUUGGUGCUUGUAUUAUUUUUUCCUAAUGACAUUGCAGAUUUGCAGGUUAAAAUACAUGACUGACUUUUGUUUUUGCAUGAAAGUGUGGUUUUAAA